AUGAGCUCGGGUUAUGCUCUUGUCCUCAAGCAACCGGAUUCAGAGUUUGUUGAACAACGCAAGGUGUUCCGCAAAGGCGUCGGUCCGCUGGUGGUCGCACACUACGACCCCCUCGUUCAGCAGCAAUGCCGUUCCCUCAUUAAAGCCCUGGAAGGAUUUUCAGGGCAUCCAUAUGAUAUUCUCGCCUUGAAAGUGGGAGAGCUCGUCAAUACAAUUGCAUACGGAGAAAGCUUCAAUGCCACGCACGGUCAAGAGCUUAUCAAGUUGAACAUUGAGAGGAUCAACCUCAUAACUUGGGUGUUUUCAAAGAUAUGGAUGGUCAACUUCUUUCCUAUCUUGAGGUAUAUUCCUCCUUGGUUUCCCGGCGCAGAGUUUCGACGUAUUGGCAUACGAGGUACCGAGGUCACGCAGAAGUUACGCUACUGGCCAUUUGGACAAAUCAGAGCAGCUGUGGAGGCAGGUACAGCUGACGAUUCCCUCGUUUCGAGGUUGCUUAAGGACUCGAAUCUGUCACAAGAUAUGCUACGGGAUGCCGCCGCAGUCAUGUUCUCAACCGCGAAUGAUACGACUUCAUCCGCCGUCAUAUGUGUACUACAUUGCCUCUUGCGCAGUCCAGAAUGGCAAGAGAGGGUGUAUCGGGAGAUUCACGAAAUAGUUGGACACGAUCGCCUACCCAGAAUGGAAGAUAUACAGAAUAUGGAGCUCCUGAAUGCCGUCUGGAAGGAGUCGAUACGGUGGAAUUCGCCCGCCCCUCUGGGUAUCCCCCAUGUCAAUUCCCAAGAUGAUGUCUGGAAUGGUUAUUUUAUUCCCAAAGGAUCGCUUGUGCACUGCAAUAUCGGGCAAGCACGAUUUAUGCUGAGGGAUCCUCGGAUCUGGGGUGUAGAUAGCGAACAGUUCAACCCUCAACGUUUCCUACGCGAGUACAAUCCCAACAUCGACAAACUUCCAGAUAUGUCAAGUCUGCCAUUUGGCUUCGGACGAAGAAUCUGUCCUGGACGCCACCUUGCCGAACGUGUUGGACUUCAAAUGGUCGCGGCAAUUUUAGCCACGUACAAGCUGGAGCCUGUCAAAGAAAUUCCUGCUGAAGUAGACUGGCUGGACUCGACCGUUCGGUAA